CCAAGUUACGCAAUCAGAUAUUUUGUACGAAAAACCAAACCAUAGAUCAACGGAAUAUCAUGGAUGAUAUUUUAUAUCAAUAUCAAGCGUUGCAAAACGAGAUAGAAACAGAAGUAAUCGACGAUGAAGAAUCUGCACUCAUUGCAGCUACUGUACUGCUCCUUCCAAAUCCACAGAUGAAUACCCCAUGGCAAGUGCUAUUUGCAAGCUAGAAUGAUCAAGCCCUCAUUAC